GGAUUAGCCCCAGUAGACCCUAGCCGCAGGGGGUUCUGGGCCCUUCCACUACAGGAGCGCGUGCGCGGAAGUGCGCCUUGGCAAUUUCUGAACGGUGGGCUGUUUAAAGGCUCGAGAAGGUCAAGGUUUCUUGAUUCUGUGGUGUUUGUCAAAGGCAGCUUCUUGUACCACCCAGAACGGCGACUUCCGCGGCUCCUUUCCGCUCUGGCACCGGGCUGAAUAGGGUCCUGGAUAGUAUCUGUGCUCUCAAGUAUCACCUGGGACGCGGGCAGUGGGGUUGUGGGUGCGCAGAAUUGGGACUCACUCUUGAAGGGGCCGAAGCGGAACGCACGGUUCCCGGUUCCCUUCAGCUUGUUGGCGGUUGCGGCUUCCAGCUCUGCCCUGCGCGGGCUCUGUCCUGGAAUCGAGGUGGGCGAGCUGACGGGACAGAGACGGAGGGGAGCGUGGGUUGGGGAAAGGACAGAGGAGCAGGAGAGCUCGAGAUAAAGGGGGCUAACAGCAGGAACCACGUCUGGAAUCUGGAUCCAGUUCUGCUGAGCUGGGAAAUUAGCUUCACUGCUGCCCUGUCUUCCAUUCUGUAAUGGGCCAUUGCUCGGACCAAUGCUCCAGACACGUAGACCAGCAUGGAUGAGGUGGUCUGGAAUAGAUGUUGAGCCUCAUGGAAACACCAACUGUGACUGGAUAGAUCAACUGGAAAAGACAGUGGGAUUUUCCUUUAAUUCCAUCUUGCCUUGCUUUCCCAAUCAUUCCUAACCACCCCUGUAAAACAUUUAAACCUCCAGUCUCUCAGGAAGCUGAAUAUUGGUUUUGUGUCUGAAGCUCCUAGAACUCUUCUCUUUACUAUGAUAUAACCUGAUUCAAAGCAUACUGCAUAUGGUAAAUGGGUGCUUAGUCCAAACUUGAGAAGGACUAAAAUCCUCUAGUAGGGUGGAUUUGAACUACAGUGGGCAUUUGGUUUAGGAGGAUGGAGCCUCUGAACACAUUCAUGGCUGUCUCAGAACCUCAAAACCUGGCUCUGCGUGAACAAAGUAAGGUCUUGAAAGCAGAUAUGUCUUGGCAGCAGGAAAUAGCUUGCCAGAAGUUCAGACAUUUCCAAUAUUUGGAAGUGUCUGGGCCCCAUGAAGCCCUGCACCAACUCUAGGAGCUCUGUCUUCAGUGGCUGAGACCAGAAGUUCACACAAAGGAGCAAAUCUUGGAGCUGUUGGUGUUGGAACAAUUCUUGGCAAUCCUCCCUGAAGAAGUCAGGACUUGGGUAAAUUUACAUCAUCCCAAGAGAAGCGAAGAUGUGGUGACCUUCAUAGAGGAUGUCAUUGAAAUGCUCAAAGACAAGGAAAUAUCCUUCAAAGACUCUGCCUCUCAGAAGGGGAGCACCAAGGAGGAGAACAUGGAAGCUGACUCACUAACAGUCAAGCCCCAAGAACCAGUAACCUUCAGAGAUGUGGUUGUGGAAUUCAGCGAGGAAGAAUGGGGGCAACUGGACCCUGCUGAAAAGAACCUGCACUGGGAUGUGAUGCUGGAGAAUUAUAGGAACUUGAAUUUGUUGCCUAAAGCUCACCUACUUUCCAAACCAGCUGAGAUCCCCAACUUAGAGAGUAAAAAUAAAAGAUGGUUAAUGGAAGGAGAAAUCCCAAGAAAGACCAUUUUUGACAUGGAGACUAUUUCAGAAAACCAAGACUCAAUUCUAAAGCAGAAGGUUUCUGUAGAAGAAUCGUCUCAUGGAGAAAUUAUGACAGUGCCUGCCAAAAAUGCACAGCCUCCCUUACACAAAUGGAGAGAUGAGAAUCAGUUUCAUGGGAAACAGGAAAAGCAGGACAUAAAUUUGCCACAAGAGGCUUUCAUUUAUAUGACAGUCUCCAGUGAGGAAGGAGAUUCUGAAUAUAAUGACAAUAAGGAAAGCUUUGUAUCAGUUAACUCUAUUUGGGAUAUACAAUAGGAGACUCCAACAGGAACAAGGUCCCCAAAUGGACUUAAGUUUAAAACUAACUUCAAGUUUAAUUCAGACUCUGUGGAUGAGCCACAUUCAGAAUAUAGUGAAUAUGGAAAUGCUUUGAGCAUUAAUACACAUAUUAUUCAGCCCAACAAAAAGCAUAUUACGGUGAAUUCCUAUGAAUGUUAUCAAUGUGGGAAAACCUUUAGCCAAAGUUCAUCCCUCAUUCGACAUCAGAUAAUUCACACUGGAGAGAAGUCCUAUAGAUGCAGUGAAUGUGGGAGAUUCUUUAACCGACACACAAAUCUUACAAAACAUCAGAAAAUUCACACUGAGACAAAGGCCUCUGAAGGUAGUGAGUGUGGAAUGGCCUUCUGUAAGAGUGAACGCAGUAAUAAAAAUCCAAGACUCCAAUCUGGAGAUAAUCCCUAUGAAUGUGUUGACUGUGGAAAAUCCUUCAACCACAGUUCCUCCCUUCUAUGACAUCAAAUGAUUCAUACAGGACAGAGACCUUUCAAAUGUAAAGAGUGUAAGAAAACUUUUAACUGACAUUCAAAUCUUCUUAAACAUCAAAAACUUCAUACUCAAGGUAAAUAUGAAAAGGAAGAAAUACUGGAGUACCUUCAGUAGGUGCAGAACUCAUUCAGCAUCAUGGGUAUUAGAAUCCUGUGAAUAUAAUAAAUUUAAGAAAGAAUUUGUUAAAGAUUAUUCCUUCAGUGAUAUGACAGAAUACUGGAGAGAAAUCUGUUUGAGAGAGCUUUUCUAGAUUCCCAAAGGAAGCUACCAGGGCUUGUACUUAAACAUAAUAUCACCACACAAGUCUUUUCUGUCAUUUUGUCAUAUUACCCUCACCUUCUCUGGUUCAUAAAUAGGAUUGAUUCUUGCAUUCACUUGAUUUAUUGAUAAAGCAACGAAGAAAUAUGCUUGGAGUUGAUAUUUAAUAAACUGUUGGUCCAUAUGAGAAGAUCAUAAUAAAACUGAAGCUUAUGACAAGUAUAAUACAGGAGAACACUUUCACGGACUGAAACCUCUGAAUUAAUGGCAAAGACUGCAGUGACUACCAAUUAUUCCCAUUUAUUCCACCCCUAACAAUAUCUCUAGCUGUCAGUACCCUUUGGGACUAGAGCUGGGGGACUUAUCAACUGCAAUGGGAGAUUGAGUUGUUGUUCAUUUGUAUGUAUUGUUUAAAUCUGCGUUUUUAGAAAGUACUACUUGAGAUCUAGGUUGGACAGACAUCUAUAGCCUGAAGUGAAGUCUGUCAUUUAUGCCAGAUUUUAUGAGUUCAAUAAAG